UUCUUUCCCAAGAAGAGGCGUCACACAGAACUCUGCUUCCUCUCUUGGUUCCGCACCGCGAAGGAGUCCUUGGACAUGAUGCUGUCCCCAGGUGAGAAAUAUCGUGUCACCUGGUACAUAUCCUGGAGUCCUUGCUUCGCAUGUGUGGAUGAGGUGGUUAAGUUCCUGAGGGAGCACACGAACGUAGAGCUGAUCAUCUUCGCUGCCCGCCUCUACCACUCCGAUAUUUUGCAAUACCGGCACGGUCUGCGCAAACUGCAUGAUGCCGGCGUCCAUGUGGCCAUCAUGUCCUAUUAUGAGUUUAAGCACUGCUUGAACAACUUCGUGUUCCACCAGGGAAGAUCCUUCUGCCCCUGGAAUGACUUGAAUAAAAACAGCAAAAAUCUCUCUAACACGCUGGAGGACAUUCUCCGGAAUCAGGAAGACUGAAGGAUGGACCGCAAUCUCGCUAAAGAAAGCAGAAGACCUCUGUGGAACAGCAGAACAAAACACUUUUUUAAAGAAAGGGAACUUGCCAUUCACCAACACGUCCCAUUGAUCAAAACAUCCCAGCAAAAUGCAAUGAGUUCAUAAGAAAUUAUUAUUUUUUUUAAUCUGAUAGACUUACUUUUCAAAAAUCUGUUAUGUUCAAAAUCUAAAUAUUAGCAAGUUUUUCUACUCAAUAGCAUCAGAAUAGGUUUUGAGUUUUAGAGAAAUAUAUAUUUUGAUAGAUUUAAUCCAAAUGCAAUCAAAUGAAAGACUAAGGUUCUUCCCUACCAAAAUUUUUCCUCUAUAGAUGUAUCAUGAAGUCCAAAUAGUUCAAUAAACACUUGCGAAUGUGCAAA